AUGGCCCGAGUCUUCCUCAAACCCGACGGCAGAGACCUCUACUAUCCCGAGUCACCACCGCCAGGCACCAUCCUGCAGCCACUCACCCAAGACUGCGCUAUCCCGCUUGGCCCCCCGGGAAACACCGUCACUGUGACCAUUCCACAGAUGGCUGGCGGGCGCAUCUGGUUCAGCGCCGAAAAACAACUCACCUUCCUACGGAAUCCAGGAGGGCCUGGCGGUGGUGCCGCCCUCGUCGAGCCGUCGGUCCUCAACCCGAGUGACCCCAAUGCCGAUGUUGACUUUUCCUUCUGCGAGUUCACCCUCAACAAUGACCAACUAUUCGCCAACAUCAGCUACGUCGACUUCGUGCCUCGCUUGCCCAUCGCCCUGACCUUGCAAAUCAAGGACGGCGCCGUGCAGCAUGUGAGCGGGAUGGCCCCUGACGGCUUGGAGAGAGUGUGUGUCGGGUUGAGGGAGCAGACCGCCAGGGAUGGCUGGCCAUGGGACAAGCUCGUGGUGCAACCCAACGGACACGACAAGCCGUUGCGGGUGUUGAGCCCGACACACGGCAAUGCGGUAGGCGCGAGUUUCGACGGGUACUUUGAGCCGUUGGUCGAAGCAGCGUGGAAGAAGUACGCGGCCUCCGAAGAACAACCACAAUCACAAUCACAACCACAGCAACCAGAGACGGCCAAAAAACACCGCCUCCGCCUCUCCCUCCUCCGGCGCAAGCCCAACCCCAACCCAGCAUCACCACCCCCACCAACCCUCCAACCUCAAUCCACCACCACCACCACCACCACCCUCCGCAUCAACACCCAAGCCGCCGCCGGCAUCCUCACCAGCCACAACCCCCCCUCCCCCACCAACCCCCUCCUCCACAUCGGCCCCGAAACCUUCACCCGCCCCAGCACCUUCGACAUCCUCGGCUGCAACAGCGGGCCCUUCACCACGGGCGCCUCCCCCACGCGCAACGCCAUCAUCCCGCGCCUGGCCGCCGCCUUCCAGCGCGGCUGCAUCGUCGCGACGGCCGAGCACCCGUCGGAGCCGGAGACGUUUUAUGUCGGUGACGGGCCGGUGAAUCAUUAUGCAAGAGUGGUGCAUGAGUGUAAUUUGGAUGGGAGGGGGUAUGCGUUUGCGUACGAUGAUGUGCAGGUGGAUGGGGGGAGGGAUCAGAGUGGGAAGGUGGAGGCGGGGGAGCCGGCCGUUUUGGUGGUGGCCGUGGGGGGGAGGGGAGCUGGGGCGUAG